AUAGGAAAAGCCAAAAUGGAUAAAAGCAAAUGUUUCCUCAAAAAAUCCCCAUUCAUUUCCAUCACUCCUGCAUCUUGCAUUCAUCAACCUCGAAAUUUAAUCAUGUCCACUUGUGCCUCCUUCUACGGUAUCACACUCAGUUCUUCAUCUUCAACCUUCAAGAAUCUUUUAUCUUCUCAUUACCCAAAUAAAAUUCAAGUGAAUUCAUCACCAUUUUCAUUUCUUCCUUCACGUCUAUCCAAAACCUCCGUGUUCAAUACAAAAAGACACAUUGUUGCAACUGCUUCAACUCCCACAGCUCUUGAAUCGCCUCCUAAAUCUUCAUUUCGAGACAAACCCCCCAAAGACAUCAAUGUGUUAGUCGUGGGUUCAACUGGAUAUAUCGGAAAUUUUGUGGUUAAAGAACUGGUUAAUAGAGGGUUCAAUGUGAUUGCAGUUUGCAGAGAAAAAAGUGGAAUCAAAGGUAAGAAUAGCAAAGAGGAGACCUUGAACAAGUUAAAUGGAGCUAAUGUUUGCUUUUCAGAUGUUACCCAAUUGGAUAGUUUACAACAAAGUCUACAAAAUUUGGGGGUUUCGAUUGAUGUUGUCGUAUCUUGUCUCGCUAGUCGAUCUGGAGGUGUUAAAGAUUCAUGGAAAAUCGAUUACGAAGCCACCAAGAACAGUCUUUUAGCCGGUAGGACUUUUGGGGCUAAACAUUUUGUUCUGUUAUCUGCAAUCUGUGUACAAAAACCCCUUCUCGAAUUCCAACGAGCAAAGUUGAAAUUCGAAUCGGAAUUGAUCAAAGAGGCUGAAAACGAUGAUGAUUUUAGUUACAGCAUUGUUCGGCCAACAGCUUUCUUCAAGAGUUUAGGAGGGCAGGUUGAGCUUGUGAAAGACGGGAAGCCAUAUGUGAUGUUUGGCGAUGGGAAAUUAUGUGCUUGUAAGCCGAUUAGCGAGCCUGAUUUGGCUUCGUUUAUAGCAGAUUGUGUGUUAAGUACUGAUAAAACUAACCAGAUUUUGCCAAUUGGUGGACCUGGGAAGGCGUUGACGCCAUUGGAGCAAGGGGAGAUGUUGUUUAAACUCGCGGGAAAGAAACCUAAUUUUAUUAAAGUCCCGAUUGAGAUUAUGGAUUUUGCCAUUGGGGUUCUUGAUUUUCUUGUGAAGAUAUUUCCUUCAAUGGAAGAUGUAGCGGAAUUUGGGAAGAUAGGGAGGUAUUAUGCAGCUGAAAGUAUGUUGGUUUAUGAUCCUGAAACUAAGGAAUACAAGGCUGAGGAAACACCGAGUUAUGGGGAAGAUACAUUGGAAGAUUUCUUUAAAAAGGUGCUUGAAGAAGGGAUGGCUGGACAAGAACUUGGAGAGCAAAUAAUUUUUUGAAAGUUUUGAGUUUAUGAUUGAAUGUGUUCAAGGUAUGUAUGUGGUUAUUGUAAAUUUUAUGCCAUUUGUGGAUAUAUGAGGUUAAUUCAUAGUAAUCAUCUUAGCCCUGUUUUUUUCA